AUGGCCACUCGGGCCCUGCUGCUGCUGCUACUGCUGCUGCCGCCGCCGCUGCUCCGGGGCUGCGCCGCGCGCCCCGCGCCCCCCAGGGCCCCGCGACACUCGGACGGGACUUUCACCAGCGAGCUCAGCCGCCUGCGGGAGAGCGCGCGGCUGCAGCGGCUGCUGCAGGGCCUGGUGGGGAAGCGCAGCGAGCAGGACACAGAGAACAGCACAGCCUGGACCAACUCUGCGGAGGGCCACCUCUGCCUGCUGUGGUCGGACGCGCCCACCCUGCAGGCCUGGAUGCGCCUGAGGCCCCCCGAGGAUCAGGCCUGGUCUCCCCAGAUGCCUCUUGGACUGAGGGCUGGGGUCAUGGUGUCAGAGCCGGCCAUCCCUGCUGCUGAGGGGACCCAGAGGAGGCCCUGA